GCAAAUUCAAAUGGACUUCUUCAAUCAAUUUUGUAAUUCGUAUCCAUUUUCGUUGGAUUCCCAUUCUGUCAGCAGCCCAGAGAGUUCUUCAGCGUCGGACUGGCAGACCCGGAGGACCAUCCAAUCCGACGAGGAAGUUCUGCGGGCAUCGAAUCGGCCUAAGAAGCGCGCUGGUAGGAGGAAGUUUAAGGAGACACAGCACCCGAUGUACAGGGGAGUGAGGAGGAGGAAUGGGAACAAGUGGGUGUGCGAGUUGCGGGAGCCCAAUAAGAAGUCGAGAAUAUGGCUGGGGACGUAUCCAACUGCCGAGAUGGCUGCCCGGGCGCAUGAUGUUGCUGCAUUAGCGUUUAGGGGCCGGAAGGCCUGUUUGAAUUUUGCUGACUCUGCGUGGAGUUUUAUAAGAAAAAUUAUAUUUAUUUUUUUAAAGAUGAAAAAUGUUGAAUUGCAGAAGCAGCAGGAACGUGGGUUCACUUAA